CUCCGGACGCACGCAUGCAUUCGUAAUGUUCCGUGCUCGUUUGCUCGGUCGCUCGGUGCUCCCGCUCGCGGCCGAAAAUGACACAUCGCGACGCGCGGGCGACGCGCGAUAACCACGCACGCAUCGAGAGGAGCGUCGUCGGGCAGAAGCAAUGCGGUUUCGCGCACUUGAUCGAGAAAAGAAGUGAUUGAGAAAGAUCGCGGAUUCUCCGGAUAUCGGCCGACUAAGCUCAAUACGGCACGGCGUGACGCGACGCGACGUGCCAGCGGACAAUGGCAAUCUCGAGCUGGGUGAUGUGGGGUAGAAGUCUGCGAACCGGCCGAUCUCACCGAAGCCGCCAGGACGCCGAGGACAACUGUGUGCAACUCGACCUGUCUAGAGGAUUAAAGGAGAACGUCAAGGAAGUCUUGACUAAUCUCUGCCAGCGUCACAAUGUUCCAAGUGUAAAAAAGUUAGCUUACCUCAACGCUAUCGUCAAAUUAAUCAGCGAAACCGAUGCCCAGGAUUAUGGAUAUUCAGCGGACGAUCUAUUUUGUUGCUUACGUGUGGCACUGGUGCACGAGGCGACCCAGGUACGCGCCGCCGCAUUGCGAGCCGUACGCUACAUGCUCAAAAAGGAACAAGAUGUCAUCGCGAUCAACAGACUGCAAUACCCGUACUUCUUGGCGCGCAGCAUGGACGUCAAUCUGCGCAACGAGAUGGAGAGGAUGCAGGCUCUCCGACUCGUCAGGCGGAUCCUGGUGUUGGCCCCUAAGCAUUUCAGUCCGACUUUAGCAAGAUCCCUCAUCAGCCUGACCAACAGCGGCAUAGAGGAGCGAGACCGAGCGUUCCGGGCAUUCCUGGCGACCCUCUGCGAACUAGGUGUCCUGAACUCGAAUCUGCUGAUCAGUUGCGGCGGUGUCGGCACACUGGCAAGAGCCGCGAUGACCGGCCAGAGCGCGGUCGUGGUCGAAUCUAUCGUGGGAGUAUUGCUGAGACUGUUGAGUAACCCGGACACGCGCAGCAGCGUUUCCCUGCUGUGCUUCGCCGCGCCCUACUGCGAGCUGCACUCCUCCAACAUCGAGAGAACCAAGGAGGAGCGCGAGCAGAGGUUCGCCGCCAGCAAAUUGGCCCUGCUGAGCAUUCUGCGUUCGUACCCGGGCGUCAUCCACUUCUGUCGGCCCGACAACAAUUCCGGCCUCAAGGCUAUCGCCGAUAUCCUGUACGUGGAGCAGCUGGAGGUGCGCGGGGCCGUACUGGAGUUGCUUUACGAGUUGUUGGACCUGCCACUGCCCACAUGGACCGACGAGCCGGACGUCGCCCUGGCCGCGGUGGACCCCAGCCGGUCGAGGGAUUCGUGGAAGCUCUCUGAAGGCUUCGUCGCGGCCGAGGGUAAAUUCAUCCUGCCGUCCUUGUCGUCGCAUUGUCCCAACAUCACGGAGAUCCAUCUGGCGCUAUUGGUGUACGUUCUGCUGGAGUGCGGCCUCCACCGCGCCUUGGCGGAGACCAUCGUCUCCAGCGAUACCUUCAUCUCGGUGCGCGCGGCAGUACUGUUGGGCGCACUGCUGCACCUGGCACAUUCGUUGCUGCCGUCUGAAGUCUGCGACCUCACGCCACCCUUGCCGAACCUGCUGGAGCAUGCGAGCGCCGGCAGACAUCAGGCGCUCGCAGCGGUGACGAUCCUUGAGCGAAUGCACACGAUGAUGCGGCGCAGACCGAGUCCGGCGAGUCUCUUCCUAGACCGGAUCCUCCAAGGUGGCACUUGGCUACGACCGACUCUGCCGCGACGCCGACGACCAUCCGGACGGCAUUGGCUGCGGAUCGGCCGCGAGUCGCCGAUCACUCCGUUGCUGAAGGACGCGCAGGUGCUCAUCUCGAAGGACGCGCUCGCGUGGAACUGGCCGAUGAUCCGCGCAAUCCUGCGCUCGAGGGAGGACGCGACGCGCAUCCUGCACGACUCCGACCACCGGCUAUUCAUGAAGCGGCUGGUGCGUUACUUCAAGCCCUCGUGGAACGGUUACAGCAGGAUCGAGCUCGGCACGAGCGCGACGUUCGCGCGCGAGGCCACCUUGGCCGGCUGCGACCUGCUCAACUGCCUGCUGGAGUUGCACGAGCCGGAGGGUGCCCGGCUGCUGAACGAGCUGAUCGGCGACGUAGCCGAGCAGAUCAGCAAGAUCCGCGCCGCCGAGUCCGCGCACGAUUGCUUGUUCUCGCCGCGGCAUAUGUCCACCACGUGCUGCCAAAAGUACUUCUUGUUCCUCGGCCAGCUCAGCCACUCGGCCAAGGGCACAGUGGUGUUGAAGAGCUUCAAUCUCCUGGAGAAGCUGCAGGACCUCGCGUUGGUCACCAACCAUGACUGCUACGUGAAGCUGAUCGUCUCCAGUCUAGAUUACUCCCGGGACGGGCCCAAUAGGAAAGUGCUCAGCAAGAUUAUCACCGAGGCGACGUUGUCGAGCACUCGGCUGUACGCCACGCAGUUCCUCCGGCUGAUACUGCGCGCGCGCAUGACGGACGCCGUGCGCUGGGCGAUGUCGUUGCUCGCGGAGCGGCUGUCGGACGCGUCUAUGGCCGUGGCGUUGACGGCGCUGGACGCGCUGCACGAGGCCUGCGAAGAGACGGAGUACUUGGAGGCGAUGUUGCAGCAAGGUGGGCAGUCGCGCGACUGGGACAAGUGGCUGCAGCACUUGGGCGACAAGGGUUACCUGCUGAAGAUCCGACUGUACUCGCUGCAGCAAGGCUUCGCCAGCCUGUCCGCGCCGGCGGAGGAGCUGGAACGGUGGAUCGGCCCGGGCAGCUUCGCCGAGCGAUACGUGGGCCUGGUGGAGAGCGAGAUACACGACGCGCUGACGCGCCGCCAGCGCGACGAGACCGGCAGCUACCAGAGGAGGACCAGCAACUCGCCGAUAGUGCCGCACGACAUCUUCACGCCGCCGCAUCUCAUCGGCCAGUUGGCGCAGCACGAGUUGGGCAUGCAACUGCUGCUCCGUCGCAACGUCAUACAGCGUUUCGCCCGGGUGCUCCAACGAUUCAAGCUCGAGUUUGGCAGCGGCGGCGGCGGCGGCGGUGGUGGCGGUGGCCGCCGCGACUCCGAGUCCAACAACUCCAGGACCACCAGGACGUGUCGCCUGGUGGUCACCGCCGCCAACGCUACCGCUGCCUCCACCGCCUCUACUGUCGCCAUCACCGCCGUCAGCACUGCCGUCGCCGUCGCCGUCGUCGCCGCCGCCGCCACCGUUACCGUCACCACCGCCGCCAGCAGCAACAGCAACGUUGCCGACGAGGGCAGCCUCGCCGCGCCGACGGACGCGUCCAGUGGCGUGGACGAGACUGCCGAAUGCAGCAGUCGUCUCGAGACCAUCCCUGAUUCCGAGAUGACCGAGUCGCGCACCGACGGCUCGCUCGCCGAAGCCCGCCGCAAGACCAGCGUGGACGACUCCAGGCACACCACUCCGGAGCGCAGCUGGAGGAUAGAGACGAUCGAAGCGUCGAGGGACGAGCAGCAGCACUCCAGCGUCGGUCCCAACGGCGGCAUCCUCAAGGUCAAGUCCGCUCUGUGGGCGUUGGGCCACGCCGGCACGUCGGCCGCCGGUGUCGAACACCUCGUGCACUUGGGCAUCGUCGAGAUGAUCACCUCCAUGGCAGAGACGUGUCCGUAUUACUCGGUGCGCGCCACCGCGAUGUACGCACUCAGCCUGAUCGGCACCACUCGCGCCGGUGCUGACGCCUUGAUCAACUUUGACUGGCCGUGCGUGAGGCACCGGCGGGGCGACAACUGGCCGGUGGUACCGCCCACCACGAGGUACCCGGUGCCCAGCCCGGUGCCUGUGCAGCGACAUCAUCGCAGUCUCAGCGAUGGCAAGCCGGAGCUACCGGAGCCGAUCGCGCGCCGGACCAGGAACCGAUCCGAAAGUGCGGCGACGGACCUCGAAGCGCGGCGAUACGUUCUUCCAGAGAGAGGCGAAACCCCGAGUCCCGUCUCGAGUAUACAAAGAUUAAGCCAACAAGACGCUGAAGGAUACGCGCGAUUACGUAGUUUACAACGCUAUCGCAGGCCGAGUUACUCCCAAAGUAGCUUAGAAAUGUAUAGUUUAGAUGGUCGGUUGUCGUUGCAAAGUCUCUCGGAGCUGGACUCGUCCCGCAGCUGGAUCGCGGAGAACACGAUCCUCACCCCGACGCCGCCGCCGCCGCCGGAGGACGACAGCGAGAAUCUGUUCUACAUGGGCGUCUGCCUACCCAGGAGGCUGAUCACCAUCUUCCCCGAGCCCCCUCAACCGACGCAGCCCAACAUCUUCGAGGACAUUGUCCGAUCCGAGCUGGAGACUACGGAGAUCGACGAGGAGUCCAGCUCGGAGUGCGACCCGGACACCGAGCACUGUCGCACGUGUCUCGUUUGUUAUCACGGCAAGAGCAGCACCAGGGACACCACGGAGCAGGAUGUAAAGUUGCGAAGAGAGAUACUUAGGCAUACCCAACGGCUCGCAAACCCAGUGUGGUAUCGUCAUAGUCGUCAGGCGUUGCUCAGACUGAGGCAACGUUAUCCUGAGAAGUUUCAGGAUACCUGUUUAUUUUCGGAUGUAGCCGCACGUUUGGGCAGCGGUACAUAUAGAAUGCCAGCCCGGCGAUUCCUGCAAGAAUUAUUUCUAGAUUCUCCAUUCGAGGCGCUUUACAUGGAACCGGUCAACAUUCUGAAGAUUCCGAUCGGCACUGAGGAGAAUCCACCGCAGUCGUCAGCUGUUAUCGCACCCGAGGCUAGCCCGCGUCAGGCCGUCGGCCUCGCAGAGGGCAAGGUCAAUGGAAGGCUCACACUGACUGAGAUACAAACGGUGCAAUUGGCGUCGGUGGCCGAAGAGGGCUCCUCGGCCAGCGUGGAGUCGUGCAACGCGGAAGGGACGCAUCGUUGCAAGAAGUCGCAGGAGAUAAUGGUGCAGCCGACAGCGGUCGCGGCGGCUGCGGCGGCGGCAGCUGCGGCUGCGGCUGCGGCUGCGGCGGCGGCGGCCGCCGCGACGACCGACCGGCGUAGCGACGAGAAGAUUAUAGCCGAGAUCCUGAAGCCGGAGGAGCGGAUACGUUUGUCCAAGAGUUCCGAUAAAUCGUUAAAAGUAUCAGGUACAAACACUGCCAUUAGCCUUGAUUCGUAGUUUUCGACUGUUAAUCGCUACUGUACAUAUUUUGUAUUAAAGAGGACGACGACAUAAGAAUAAAAUACACUGCCGAAAUCACAGAUAAAUACAUGGAGAAAAAAAAUAUA